UCCCUAUUUUGUAUUUUCUUCGUUUCCAAGAAUAGGCUCUGUUUUGAUUCUUUGUGUUCUCGAAUCUUAAUUACUCAGAGAGAGCUAAUUUCAUGAAUAAAAUUUUUUUGAUGCCCAUAAUUUAUUUUACUUGAACCACAAAAUCAUAAACCUGAUAUGGUCUAAAUCUUUGGUUCUGCUGCUGUUUUAUUGCAUUUGCAAUUGUAUAAUUCUGUUGCUUGUUCAUUAGUUUUAUGAAAGUAAAUCAAAGUUUUAUUUUCUUUGCGGUAGUUAUUAAAUGGAAUCAAAUUUCAAAGCAGUAAUGUUGAUUAUUUUGAUAUUUUCUCCUGUUGCUCUGAGAUUUAACUAUAUUUUAUAGACUAUAGCUAAUCAGCUUUUCUGCAGAUAUGAAAUUUCCUUUGCUUAGGUAAAUAUGAUAAGCCAUGAGCUAAAACAUAGCUAGUGCAGCUGAUUGCAAGAUAAUGGGAAAAGCAUAGAAAUGUGUUGGCUUUUACAUCUUAGAAUUUCAAUACAUUGCCGUUAUAUUUAGAGAAAUUUAGCACCAAUAGUGUUGGUUAAAGCUAGAUAAAGAUAGGGCUUUCCUUAGAAACCAGUGAAAAUGCCUAAAAAUUACACGGUCAUUUACUCAUGUAGCUCCUUGAUAAUACAAGGUAGAAGGAGGGGUAUUAUGUGCGUGGAUGUUGAGGCUAUGUUUUAUAUGCAUUGAGAGUUGCAAUUUGGAAAAUGUAGUGAGUUGAGCAGCCUUGGCUACGAUUCACAGUAACAUUUUUUGAGAUGGAAGUGAUCUUCUUUCUAGUAUUUUAUUCCUACAAGGAGUGCAAGACAUCUCACCACAAUCCCAUCCAAUUAGAAGUUUUCAAAAAUGGGCUUCUGGACGUUGCUAGAAGGUUUGCUUCUAUUUGCCAAUGCUUUUGCAAUACUGAAUGAAGAUAGGUUCCUUGCUCCAAGAGGAUGGACCUUGGCAGAAAUUCAAGGAGGGAGAAGAAAUACACUUAAGGGGCAGAUUAUUGGACUCAUACAUGCUUGCCAAUUCCUAAGGCUACCACUUAUACUUUUCAAUAUCAUCACUAUUGUGGUGAAGUUAUUUGCUGGUUGAGAUUGAACAGGAUGAGAAAGGUUCAUGGCUUGGGACAUGAAUUAAUCCAUGCAUGUGAAUGUGAUAUGUUACUAAGCUUUUUGCGUGACCUGUGUGUACAAUGCUCAAAAAGGUAGAAUCAGAGAAAGCUCAUAUAUAUGCUAGUACGAUCAUGUUUGAGGCCUAUGCAAUCAGUUCAUUUCUACACUUCCGUUGCUUUUUAGUUUAUUCAUUUCCACUGAUAAAAGUUAACAUCUUCUCAGGA